AUGGCCACAGAACCAGUACCAAUUAGCGGCCUCGCUCGACGUCUCGUCGACCAAGGCCUGAUAGAGGCUGAAAUAGCCUUAAAAGCCACCGAUGACGCCCGCAAGGCCGCUAUACCUCUGGUCAGCUACCUUGUACAGAAUGGUUUAGUCGAGGCGAAAGCCAUUGCCGCAAGUGCCGCCGAAGAAUUUGGCGUCCCGCUGAUGGACCUGUCCGUUUUUGACAUCGACAGUGUCCCGAAAGACCUGGUUAAAGAACAGCUGAUCAAACAACACAACGCACUACCCCUGGUGCGACGCGGUGUCCGCUUAUUUGUCGCGGUAUCUGAUCCAACCAAUCUUCAGGCUCUGGAUGAAAUUAAAUUCCAGACCGGUGUGAAUACAGAACCGGUGCUGGUUGAAGAAGACAAACUUGCCGCCUUAAUUGAUCGUUUUCUUAACGCCCAGGAAGACAGUGGUCUGGGCGACCUGGAUGGAGACGACCUCGAAGACCUCGACAUGGAUUCGUUCGAGGAUAAUGAUAAGGGCGAAGACGACGAUGUAGGUUCAGGCACCGACGACACCCCUAUCGUCAGGUUUGUUAACAAAAUGUUGCUUGAUGCCAUCAAAACCGGUGCGUCUGACAUCCACUUUGAACCCUAUGAGAAGUCUUAUCGAGUUCGCUUCCGCACAGAUGGCGUUCUGCACGUAGUCACGACACCGCCCUCUAAUCUAGGACAGCGCCUUGCCGCCCGCCUGAAAGUGAUGUCCGAAAUGGAUAUUUCCGAACGUCGUGUACCCCAGGACGGCCGUAUAAAGAUGAAGCUGUCAAAAACCCGGGCGAUUGAUUUUCGCGUCAACACCCUGCCAACCCUGUGGGGAGAGAAGGUGGUCCUGCGGAUACUUGACCCUUCCAGCGCCAAAAUGGGUAUUGAAGCACUGGGUUUCGAACCCCUCCAGCAAGAGCUGUUUCUCGAUGCACUGCAUAAACCACAGGGCAUGGUACUCGUCACAGGCCCGACCGGUAGCGGCAAAACCGUCUCGCUUUAUACGGGUUUGAACAUCCUCAACACACACGAACGCAAUAUUGCUACAGCGGAAGACCCGGUGGAAAUCAACCUCGAAGGUAUCAACCAGGUCAACGUCAACCAUCGUGUCGGGCUCGAUUUUUCCUCGGCGCUGCGCUCUUUCCUGCGCCAGGAUCCAGAUAUUGUGAUGGUGGGCGAGAUACGCGACCUGGAAACCGCUGAGAUUGCGAUUAAGGCCGCACAAACAGGCCACAUGGUGUUGUCCACACUACAUACAAAUUCAGCCCCUGAGACACUGACUCGCUUACGCAACAUGGGCGUGCCUGCUUUUAACCUGGCAACAUCUGUCAGCCUGAUUAUUGCGCAGCGGCUAGCACGACGCUUAUGCCCUGAAUGCAAGAACCCAUUGGACGUACCCAAAGAGGUACUCGAAGAGGAAGGCUUCACUGAAGAAGACAUUGCCAGCGGAUUCCAGGUGUAUGAAGCCAGUGGUACAGGCUGUGACAAAUGUAACGGUGGUUUCAAGGGCCGUGUCGGAAUAUAUGAAGUAGUUAAAAUAACUCCGGAGCUGUCUCGUAUUAUCAUGGAAGACGGAAACAGCAUAGAUCUUGCCGAGCAGGCCAACCGACACGGCUUUAAUGACCUGCGACGAUCGGGUCUGGAGAAGGUGAUGCAAGGCGUCACGAGCUUGGCAGAGGCAAACCGGGUCACGACCGGUAUCAGUUUUGGUGGCGGCGCUGGGGUUAAACCCGCUGACGUCGCUCUUUUUACCCGUCAGAUGGCGACUAUGAUGCGCGCGGGGGUACCCCUCGUGCAGGCUUUCGAUAUUGUUGCAGAUGGCGUGGAUAAACCCAAACUAGCAGCACUCAUUCGCGAAGUCCGCAAUGACGUAGCUGGCGGUAACUCUUUUGCUGCGUCUAUCCGACGUCACCCCGACCAAUUUGACGACCUUUUCUGCAACCUUGUAGAUGCAGGUGAGCAGUCAGGUGCACUUGAAACCAUGCUUGACCGUAUUGCUACCUACAAAGAAAAAACAGAAUCCCUGAAAGCUAAAGUUCGCAAAGCAAUGACCUACCCUAUCGCGGUAUUAGUUGUUGCGGUAAUCGUAUCCGGCAUCCUGCUCAUUAAAGUAGUGCCUCAAUUCGAGCAGGUGUUUGAUGGCUUCGGUGCAGAACUUCCCGCCUUUACACAAAUGGUCAUUGGGUUUUCUGAAUUUGCACAAAGUUACUGGUACAUGAUUCUGUUUGGCAUUAUCGCGGCAGGUUUACUGUUCAGCGAAGCACGCAAACGUUCAAAAAGCUUCAGCAACGCAUUAGACCGCUUGAGUCUCAAGUUGCCCAUUGCAGGCGAUAUCAUUGAAAAGUCAUCUAUUGCACGUUACGCAAGAACACUGUCGACAACCUUCGCAGCAGGUGUGCCGCUGGUCGAAGCGCUCAACUCUGUGGCCGGAUCUACGGGUAACAACGUUUACGUAGAAGCGGUUUAUAAGGUUCGCGACGAUGUCUCCACAGGACAGCAGCUCAAUUUCUCCAUGCGUAACACCGGCGUUUUUCCCAACAUGGUUAUACAGAUGGUCGCCAUUGGUGAAGAAGCAGGCGCUUUGGACGACAUGCUGGACAAAUCGGCUACCUAUUACGAAGAGCAGGUCGACAAUGCAGUCGACAACCUCACCAGCCUGAUGGAACCGAUGAUCAUGUCGGUACUUGGCGUGCUGGUUGGUGGCGUGUCUCUUGAACUCCUGACCACCUACGGCUGGACCGGUGCUGCGCUAUUCAUCUGGGUAGCGCUGAGUAUCGGCAGCUUCCUUAAUGUGGUUAUUUACCGCCUGCCUGUCAUGCUGAACCGCGAAUGGGAAGCCCAGGCCAGAGAGAUCCUGGACAUGGAGCCGCCGGAAGAGACCUCAUCAGAACCCUUCAAUUUGAUGGUGCCCCGAUCACGCUGCCCCAAUUGCCAGCAUCAGAUCACGGCAAUGGAAAACAUCCCGGUAUUAAGCUGGCUGUUCUUAGGCCGGCGAUGUUCCAGCUGUAAAAACCCAAUCCCAUGGCGCUAUCCGGGUAUCGAAUUGCUCACGGCUAUAGCUUCGGUUGCUGUCAUUUCAACAUUUGGGUUCACCUGGCUGGGUCUGUUUACCUGCCUGUUCACCUGGAUGAUGAUAGCCCUCACGUUCAUCGACUAUGACACCAAAUUACUGCCAGACCAGAUUACCUACCCUUUACUGUGGCUAGGUCUGAUUUUGAACACUUUUUUUAUCGGCAUUGUCAGUCCGCAGGAUGCAAUUGUCGGGGCCAUCGCGGGCUAUCUAUCACUGUGGUUGAUCUACUGGGGAUUCAAACUUGCUACCGGCAAAGAAGGUAUGGGCUACGGCGAUUUCAAACUUUUUGGGGCUUUUGGCGCCUGGCUUGGUUGGCAGGCUCUGCCCAGUAUUAUUCUGAUAUCUGCAACCGUCGGUUUGUUGUAUGCGUUAAUGCAGAUUGUGCUUUCGAAACAGACCGCAGCCCAACCGAUCCCGUUUGGACCUUUUCUGGCAACUGCCGGUUGGGUCACCCUCAUCUUUCGUGAUACCGUGCUGGCCGUUUUUCUGCCGUAA